AAUCGAGUUCUUGGCGCGGGCGCGCAGGCGGUACGUGAGUGCGCUACAUGCGCUGUGUGUUUGUUUCAUUCUCGUUGCGUGCGAAGCGGUCGGAAACAUGACGCAGGAAAGCCAGAUACCUCCCCCACCAGUUAUGUGGGCUCAAAGAAAAGAUAUCUUGUAUGUUACUAUCUGUUUAGAAGAUUGUAAAGAUCCUAUUAUUGAAAUUGAACCAGAAAAGAUAUACUUCAAAGGAGAGGGAGGUACAGAUAAAAAAAUGCACGAAAUUACGAUUAAUUUGUACAAAGAAAUCGAGCCCAGCAAAACAGUGAAAAAUUUGAAGGGCAGGACUUUUGAAUUGGUUCUUGCUAAAAAGGAAGAGGGACCAUAUUGGCCACGGCUAAUUAAAGAUAAAAUAAAGGCUCAUUGGUUGAAGAGUGACUUCAACAAAUGGAAGGACGAGGAUGAUACCGAUGAUGAAGGUAGCCCGCCAGACUUAGAAGAGAUGAUGCGACAAAUGGGUGGUUUAAGUGGUUCUGGUGACAGUAAGCCAAAUUUCGAUGACUUGGAUGAAUUAGGGGACAACGAUGCCGAUAGCGACGACGAAGAUCUUCCCGAUUUGUACGACUAAAGCGAUAAAAUAAUCACAUCGAUCGACUAAGUAAUUAAUUACAUUAAAAACAAAUGGCAACCUAAGGAUAGUGCACAACUGGGCAAUAUUUCAGUAGGCCUUGCUGUUUGUAUCUUCAAUUGCAAAUUUGUUAAAAUGGCCGUGUUGCAAGUAGCAAACGGGACGCGCAAACUGGACUAAAAAGAAACCGUAAAGAUACAGUGCGGCAACAAUCGACGGAAAUGGGAAAAUACCAGGUCUGAAAGAUCCUUCACACCUCCCGCCUCCCUCAUUAGCUAAUAGUUCAUAUACUAAGUUAUAAUGGACAAGCUUUUUUAAUAAUGUACUGUGUAAAGUAACGGAGAUAAAAAAAAGGAUAAAAAGAAAUGAAAAUAACCAAAAUCAUUUAUGGAAUUGUUCAUUUUGAAAAAUCCUCUACAAAGCACAUUAACAGACACGACGAAAUGUUAUAAAUGUUGUCUGUGAGAUAUAAAAAAUAUCGAUACU